CUGUGCAAAGAACAUGUACAAGUUAUUCGGUGAGCCCGGGACCUCCCCAAAAAGUUUUGGCAUAUAAAAGCCAAGCUAAGUCAUUUGUUUAGGCAGUAGGGAGUUUCUGCUAGGGUCUGGAUUGGAGUUACACACAGACCGGACCCUACCGUGUAUGACUGGUGUCUGAGGAGAAAAAGAGGACCCCCCCCUAGCCGCAAAGAAUCUACAUGUCUAACAUUUAGACAUGUUCAGCUUUGUGGAUAUUCGGUUAGCGCUGUUGCUCUGCGCAACAGUGCUUUUGGCGAGAGGUCAAGGCGAGGAUGAUAGCACAGAUGGCAGCUGCAAAUCAGACGGACAGUUGUACAACGACAAGGAUGUAUGGAAACCAGAGCCAUGUCAAAUGUGCGUGUGCGACUUCGGCCAUGUCAUCUGUGACGAGGUGCUCUGCGAGGACACCACCGACUGCGAGGACCCAUACAUCCCAGACGGAGAGUGCUGCCCCAUCUGCCCCGACGGCGAUGGACCUGAGUAUCCAGACUCUGAGAUUGUAAAGGGACCCACCGGCCCAGAUGGAGACCAGGGUCCUCCUGGUUAUCCUGGCAAUGACGGAAUCCCUGGACGGCCUGGCCUCCCUGGCCCUCCUGGCCCCCCUGGCCCCCCUGGCCUUGGCGGAAACUUCUCUCCUCAAAUGAGCUACUCUGACCACUCAAAAUCCAGUGGCCCACCCAUUCCUGGUCCAAUUGGUGCCCCAGGUCCCCGUGGUCCUCCUGGACCCCCUGGUUACACUGGUCCCGCAGGUAAUCCUGGAGCCCAAGGCGAGCCUGGUGAGCCAGGAGCCUCUGGUCCCAUGGGUCCCCGUGGUCCUGGUGGUCCCCCUGGAAAGAAUGGAGAUGAUGGUGAAGCUGGCAAAGCUGGACGCCCUGGAGAGCGUGGACCUGCUGGCCCUCAGGGUGGCCGUGGAUUCCCUGGAACUCCUGGACUCCCCGGCAUCAAGGGACACAGAGGUUUCAGUGGUCUAGAUGGAGCUAAGGGAGACGCCGGACCUGCUGGCCCUAAGGGAGAGGCUGGUGCCCCUGGAGAGAAUGGUGUCCCUGGUGCUAUGGGUGCUCGUGGUCUUCCUGGUGAGAGAGGCCGUCCUGGACCUGCAGGCCCAUCUGGUGCCCGCGGUAAUGAUGGCAACACCGGUGCUGCUGGCCCUCCUGGACCCACUGGACCUGCUGGUCCCCCCGGAUUCCCUGGUGGUGCUGGUGCUAAGGGUGAGACUGGCCCUCAGGGAGGCCGUGGACCCGAAGGAGCUCAGGGAGCCCGUGGUGAGCCUGGUAACCCAGGACCUGCUGGAGCCGCUGGACCAGCUGGUACUCCUGGAUCUGAUGGUUCACCUGGUGCUAAGGGUGCUACUGGUUCUGCUGGUAUUGCUGGUGCUCCUGGUUUCCCUGGAUCUCGCGGUCCUGCUGGAGCUCAGGGAGCCAUUGGUGCUCCUGGUCCUAAGGGUAACAGUGGGGACCCUGGUGCUCCUGGUCCUAAGGGAGAGCCUGGUGCCAAGGGCGAGCCUGGUCCUGCUGGAGUUCAGGGACUUUCUGGCCCAUCUGGUGAGGAGGGAAAGAGAGGAGCCCGUGGAGAGCCUGGUGGUGCAGGAGCCCGUGGACCCCCUGGAGAGCGUGGUGCUCCUGGUGCUCGUGGUUUCCCUGGUGCUGAUGGACCUGCUGGUGGAAAGGGUGCUCCUGGUGAGCGUGGUGCCCCCGGAGCAAUGGGAGCUCAAGGAGCCACCGGUGAGUCCGGAAGCUCUGGUGCUCCUGGCGCUCCUGGACUGAAGGGAGUGACUGGCAGCCCUGGAAGCCCUGGCCCUGAUGGCAAAGCUGGACCUGCUGGUGCCUCUGGACAAGAUGGUCGACCUGGACCUCCCGGCCCUGCUGGAUCCAGAGGACAGCCUGGUGUUAUGGGUUUCCCUGGACCCAAGGGAGCUGCUGGUGAGUCCGGUAAGGCUGGUGAGAGAGGUCCCGCUGGUGCUACCGGUGCUGUUGGUGCUCCUGGCAAAGACGGUGACGUCGGUGCUCCUGGACCUUCUGGCCCUGCUGGAGGCGCUGGAGAGAAGGGAGAGCAGGGACCUGCUGGUCCUCCUGGCUUCCAGGGUCUUCCUGGACCCCAAGGUGCUACUGGUGAGACUGGCAAGACCGGUGAGCAGGGUGCACCUGGUGAGUCUGGACCCUCUGGCCCAGCUGGACCCAGAGGCGACAGAGGUUUCCCUGGUGAGCGUGGUGCUAAUGGCAUUGCUGGCCCAACUGGACCCCGUGGUUCCCCUGGCCCUGCUGGCAACGAUGGACCCAAGGGAGAGCCUGGUGCCGCUGGUGCCCCCGGUGGUGUGGGAGCCCCUGGAAUGCAGGGAAUGCCUGGUGAGAGAGGAGCUGGCGGUAUGCCCGGUGGCAAGGGAGAGAGAGGCGACGCUGGUGCUAAGGGAGGUGAUGGUGCCCCUGGCAAGGAUGGCGUGCGUGGUAUGACAGGUGCUAUUGGUGUCCCUGGACCUCCUGGUGCUCAGGGUGAAAAGGGUGAGGGUGGCCCUGUUGGAGUUGCUGGACCCACUGGCCCCCGUGGUUCCCCUGGUGAGCGUGGAGAGGCUGGACCUUCUGGACCUGCCGGAUUUGCUGGACCUCCUGGUGCUGAUGGUCAGCCUGGUGCCAAGGGAGAGACUGGUGACUCUGGACCCAAGGGAGAUCCUGGUGCUCCUGGACCCGCUGGACCCGUUGGAGCUGCUGGUCCUCAGGGACCUGCUGGCCCUACUGGAGCUAAAGGUGCUCGUGGUGGUGCCGGACCCCCUGGUGCCACUGGUUUCCCUGGUCCUGCUGGCAGAGUUGGACCCCCUGGCCCCUCUGGAGCUGCCGGACCUCCUGGACCAGUCGGAGCUGUUGGAAAAGAUGGACAAAGAGGAGCUCGCGGUGAGACUGGUCCCGCUGGGCGCCCUGGCGAGGCUGGUGCUGCUGGACCUCAGGGACCUGCUGGAGAGAGGGGCUCCCCCGGUAGUGAUGGAGCUCCCGGUGCUUCUGGUAUCCCCGGACCUCAAGGUAUUUCUGGACCCCGCGGUAUCGUUGGUCUGUCUGGACAGCGUGGAGAGCGUGGUUUCCCUGGUCUGCCCGGACCAUCUGGUGAGCCUGGAAAGCAAGGAGCCUCUGGACCUGUUGGUGAGCGAGGUCUCCCUGGACCUGCUGGACCCCCUGGACUGUCUGGUGCUCCCGGAGAGGCUGGUCGUGAGGGAUCUACUGGUCACGAUGGUGCUCCUGGUCGCGAUGGUGCUCCUGGCCCCAAGGGAGACCGUGGUGAGAGUGGUAUGGCUGGGCCCCCUGGACCUCCUGGUGCUCCUGGAGCCCCUGGUGGUGUUGGUCCCUCUGGCAAGACUGGCGAUCGUGGAGAGUCUGGUCCUGCCGGUCCUGCUGGUCCUUCUGGCCCCGCUGGUGCCCGUGGUGCUACAGGCCCUGCUGGUGGUAGGGGAGACAGAGGAGAGACUGGUGAGGCUGGAGACAGAGGACACAAGGGACACAGAGGACUGUCUGGCAUGCCCGGCCCACCUGGAUCUGCUGGAACUGCUGGAGAGAGAGGACCUGCUGGAGUCUCUGGACCUGCUGGACCUCGCGGACCCUCUGGAAACAGCGGUGCUCCUGGCAAGGAUGGCAUGAACGGUAUGCCUGGACCUAUUGGACCCCCUGGACCUCGUGGUCGCAAUGGAGAGAUGGGACCUGCUGGCCCUGCUGGACCCCCCGGACCCCCUGGACCUCCUGGACCUCCCGGCAGUGGAAUUGAGUUCAUCAGCCAACCCAUUCAGGAGAAGGCACCCGAUCCCAUGCGUGGUGGGUACCGUGCAGAUGACCCCAACAUGAUGCGCGAUCGCGACAUGGAGGUUGACACCACCCUCAAGACCCUCAGUCAGAGAGUUGAGAAGAUCCGCAGCCCCGAUGGUACCCAGAAGAGCCCCGCACGCAUGUGCCGUGACCUGAGGAUGUGCCACCCUGAGUGGAAGAGCGGCAUGUACUGGGUUGAUCCCAACCAGGGCUCUCCCCUUGAUGCCAUCAAGGUCCACUGCAACAUGGAGACUGGAGAGACUUGCAUCCACCCCAGCGAGUCCAGCAUCCCCAUGAAGAACUGGUACCGCAGCAAGAACAUCAGAGAGAAGAAGCACGUCUGGUUCAGCGAGUCCAUGACCGGUGGAUUCCAGUUCCAGUAUGGCAGCAGUGAGGCCGACCCCGAGGAUGUCAGCAUCCAGAUCAGCUUCAUGCGCCUGAUGUCCAACCAGGCCUCUCAGAACAUCACAUACCACUGCAAGAACAGCAUUGCCUACAUGGAUUCUGCCACUGGCAACCUGAAGAAGGCCCUGCUUCUCCAGGGCUCCAACGACGUGGAGGUCAGAGCCGAGGGCAACAGCCGCUUCACAUACAGCGUCAGCGAGGAUGGCUGCACGUCACACACUGGCACAUGGGGCAAGACAGUCAUCGACUACAAGACAUCAAAAACAUCCCGCCUGCCCAUCAUUGACAUUGCUCCUAUGGAUGUUGGUGCACCUGAUCAGGAAUUUGGCGUCGAAGUUGGCCCCGUCUGCUUCUUGUAAAAAUGAAAGAAACAUGGACAUGACGUUGUUGUUUUUUUUCUAGCAGUCAUCUCUAAAUCCUUUUUUCUAUGCAAUCAAAACUCAUUCGGCUGCCAUUGGUCCACAUGCUUUAAAACCACUCUACUGAAGACGGUGUUUGUACUUUUACAAUCAUGAGAAGUUUUUGGGACUGCUACUUCAACUGAAACCAACCACGAGGACACUUUAAAAAGAAUCUUUUGUUUCCACUGGCAACAAGAAAAUAAUAUAUACUUGUGUAAAUUUCCCCCCUGGAAAUUGAGAAAAAAAGGCCGACACACAAUGAAACACAGGUGACUUUUGCCAUUUUCUACAACUGCAGAAGGACAUUGAAAGCAACAAAUGAUAUGUACCAUCUUUCUGGUGUUAAAUAAAUUGUAAAAAGUGUGAAGUGUCUCCUUGAUCUCAAAUCACAAAAGAUAAAAACAUCUGAAUCCUGGUAAAAGUAAAGUCAAAAGCAGCAAUAGAGCAAGAUAGAUAAGCUUACCUUCAUUGCAACAUGUAGAUGGCUACCUCGUAAGUCACCCCCUAUUUUUCUUAGAUGAAAAGGAUAUCCUAUAGACAACAAGCCUUAGGGGGAAAAUUAAACAUUUAAUGGUGCUAUUACCACUACCAUGAGGUCUAGUUAUUGGUAUGUGAUGGUGAGACUCUCACUGUCAUUCUGUCAUCUUUGCCACUAAUGCCUGCAGAACUUUGGUGCUACAAAAUUGUCUUGUUGUCGAUGAAGUGCAAUUUUUUCUUCUUUAAGUGUUGGUUUGAUAACCGAGGCCCUCUGAAAAAGGUCAUCACUACAAAUGUAAUGCAAUCAUGUCUAUGUAGAUAAAAAGCAAGUGACUUCUGGUUCAAUUACACUGCCCUGCCUGUGUGUACAGUGUACAUCCUUCUGUCUGUCUGCCCCUGUGGAAAACUCCUCUUCAUUAUAAACAAAAAAACAGCACACUUCUCCCACCCUGUUGUUUAUGUUAUUUGUUGAUGUCUUUUUCGCGAAGGGUUUCUUAAAAAAAAAAAAUUGAAGCAGACCCACUUUCAUGGUUUAAAAGAGAGAUUCUGUACUUAUUUUGUACAUGUAUAAUAAAUCAAGAUGUUUUUAAUUAUUUUGGGUGCUGAAAUAAAGCAUGUGAAGUGGUCUACACAG